UCCGCCUUUGUCGCCAAUCGGCUUCUCCCCCCCGGCGUCUGCUCCACCCCCAUCGAUUCACCUCCGCCGUCGCCACCAAUCACCGUCCAGCGCUGCUCUCGCGCGUCCAGUUCGCCAGCCAAUAGCGAGGGCGGUUGCACACUGCAUCGGCGCGUGGCGAGAGGAGCCAAUCGGAAGGCACGACCCUGGGCGGCGCGGCUGCUGGGGUGACGGUUGCGCUCGCCGUUUUCCCAACGGGUGGCCUCGGGACGGGCGCCGCUUCCUGGGGAUGGCCUCCAGCUAUAAGAAGCCAUCCCUGGGAGGAGCAGCUCCUCCGAGGAAGAAAUCAGCCCCCAAAACUGAACUCACUGAAGAGCAGAAGCAAGAGAUCCGGGAGGCCUUUGAUCUGUUUGAUACUGAUGGGACUGGCAACAUUGACGUAAAAGAGUUGAAGGUCGCCAUGAGAGCACUUGGGUUCGAGCCCAAAAAAGAUGAGAUCAAGAAAAUGAUCCUUGAUAUUGAUAAGGAAGGGACAGGAAAGAUUACCUACAGUGACUUCUUAGGAGUGAUGACCCAGAAAAUGGCUGAAAAAGAUUCAAAAGAAGAAAUUCUGAAAGCCUUUAAGCUGUUUGAUGACGACGAAACUGGCAAAAUCUCUUUCAAAAACCUUAAACGUGUGGCCAAAGAACUGGGGGAGAAUCUUACCGAUGAGGAGCUUCAGGAAAUGAUUGAUGAAGCUGAUCGGGACGGCGAUGGGGAAGUCAAUGAGCAGGAGUUUUUGCGGAUCAUGAAGAAAACCAGUUUGUACUGAGAUGUUUGGCGCACGUUGUGUCUUGAUUUGUUGCCUCCUGUUGUCUGAGUUUGAUCUCCAUGGGUUCCUCUUUGGAAGAGACAAACAACAGCCCAGAUCUCACAAACGUUGCAACCUAUUUACAGUUCUCUUUCUCUUGUAAAUCCCAAGAAUAUCUGCUGACUCCCAGACCAUCUGCCAGUGUUGUAUACAGCAGGAAAUGUGAGGCCUACUGGCUUAAACUACAGUUUGAAGAAAGCUGUGUAUUUCUACAUAGGGUGCAUGUGAGAAUGGAAUUUCUAAUUUACAUACUGAGAAACAACAUUUCUCUUUUAAAAUGUUGUUGUAAAGAAGCUGAAACUCAUUAUUUGGGUGUUUAGUAAUGAAAAAAAUGGCAAAAAGUAAACAGUUCCACUUCAGCUCCUACAUUUGAUCCAUCGCUCUGUUCUUGUCAUCUAUGAAAGUGGCCUGCUUCUGGUUUUAAAUAUUCAGAUGUAGUCCCUGUAUUAUCUAAGUGUUGAUGUAAAGAUACUGUGCACUUACUAGCUUUUACUCCUCCCCCCCCAAAAA